UGACCCACUCACUGCGCGUUUGCCAGUCAGUCUCUCCGGACCUGCCUCGAGCCUCAGGCUGCUGAAAUCACCGCGCCUCACUCGCCUCGACAGUGAUUCUGAGUCUGCUUUUAGCUUCCUUUUGCCUGCCUUGGCUUUUUCUGUUCGUGAACAGCUGUUUGGCCCAUAGCUUAGAGAAAGCAGCCUUUUUCUCUUCAAAGAGAACCUCCUCCCAGUGCUCAGAGAGAUGGGGAGCGGGGAGCCUAAUCCUGCUGGCAAGAAAAAGAAGUAUCUCAAGGCCGCUCUGUACGUGGGUGACUUGGACCCAGAUGUCACCGAGGACAUGCUCUAUAAGAAGUUCAGGCCUGCUGGCCCUCUGCGAUUCACCCGAAUCUGCCGUGAUCCGGUGACCCGCAGCCCCCUGGGCUAUGGGUACGUUAACUUCCGCUUUCCCGCGGAUGCAGAGUGGGCCUUGAACACCAUGAAUUUUGAUUUGAUUAAUGGAAAACCAUUCCGCCUUAUGUGGUCUCAGCCAGAUGACCGCUUAAGAAAGUCUGGAGUGGGAAAUAUAUUCAUCAAAAACCUGGACAAAUCCAUAGACAAUAGGGCCCUGUUUUACUUAUUUUCUGCUUUUGGGAACAUUCUGUCCUGCAAAGUCGUAUGCGAUGACAACGGCUCUAAGGGUUAUGCCUAUGUGCACUUUGACAGCCUGGCCGCUGCCAAUAGAGCCAUCUGGCACAUGAAUGGAGUGCGGCUCAACAACCGCCAGGUGUAUGUUGGCAGAUUCAAAUUCCCAGAAGAGCGGGCGGCUGAGGUCAGAACCAGGGAUAGAGCAACUUUCACCAAUGUUUUCGUUAAAAACAUUGGAGACGACAUAGAUGACGAAAAACUGAAGGAACUUUUCUGUGAAUAUGGGCCAACUGAGAGUGUUAAAGUAAUAAGAGAUGCCAGUGGGAAAUCUAAAGGCUUUGGAUUUGUGAGAUACGAGACACACGAGGCUGCCCAAAAGGCUGUGCUAGACUUGCAUGGAAAGUCCAUCGAUGGAAAAGUCCUCUAUGUAGGGCGAGCACAGAAGAAAAUUGAACGCCUGGCUGAGUUGAGGCGGAGAUUUGAACGGCUGAGGUUAAAAGAAAAAACUCGGCCCCCAGGAGUGCCUAUCUAUAUUAAGAACUUGGAUGAGACAAUCAAUGAUGAAAAACUGAAGGAGGAAUUUUCUUCCUUUGGGUCAAUUAGUCGGGCCAAAGUGAUGAUGGAAGUGGGGCAAGGCAAAGGAUUUGGUGUGGUCUGCUUUUCCUCUUUUGAAGAGGCUACCAAAGCAGUGGAUGAGAUGAAUGGCCGCAUAGUGGGCUCCAAGCCCCUGCAUGUCACCCUGGGCCAGGCCAGGCGCAGGUGCUGAGAAUAAGAAUGCUGUUUGUUUCAGCCUUAGCUGGUGCCUCCUUAGUUUGGGCUCCUUUGUGAUAAGGGGUUAUUUUAUGCUAAUUCACAAGUUUUUUUUUUUUUAAGUGAAUUCUUUUUUUUGAAAAAAAAAUGCAAAACUAGAAAACUUUGUUCAUUUUAGAAUAGAACAUGAUUUCUAAUUGUAAAAUUGUCAUUUUGUACUUUUUUUGAUGUAAUAUCCUUAGAAAUCUGUAGAAUAAAAUGUAUUCCUCCACUGUUUUUUUCCUGAACAGUCAAGGUGAGGCAAUUGAUUGAGUAUAUUUCCCUUCUUAUUUCAAUACUCUUUUUUUUUUCAUGAAAAUAUUGUCAACAUGGUUCUUCUGAAUCUAUCACAGUGAAAAGUUCUAACCUGCUUUUUGAGAAGUCAGUACAGCAGGGGAAAACAUAUGUGAUCCAAUUAACAUCUGCAUUAUUUCACUUAAAAUUAUUAUGCAAAAAUUAAUGUUUUUUCAAAGAAAUGUGAAAUGUAUUUUAUUUUCUUUAUUUAUUUGUAUUCUUGUUUCAUUUUUUAAUAUGUUGUGAACAUGCUACAGACUUGAUAGCACUUUUGACUAAAUGUUGGGAGUGGUCGUAUUAACUUCUUGCACAAAGAAGUAAGCAUAUUGGUGUUUUCUCAAUUAGUCACUGAGAAAAUUAACAGUUUAGGCAGUGGCUAUUUAAAGUAGGAAUUGCAUCUUAAAAACCUUUCCUAAUAGAUUUGAUAUGUGAGGAUACUUUCAGUACCACUCCUACCAUUCAUUUUUCUAAAUUCCUUAGUACAUAUACUUGUAUCAUGUUAAAUUAACAAGAAAGAUGAAUAACUGCGCUGAAUUUCCUUUACCUAUAAAUAAUUUAAUAUUUUACCUUCGGAUUUUACCAACUGUCAGUAUAAAAGGCAAUACUCCACAGAAUGAUGUUGAAAAACUUCUUCGAAGAACACCUUCUAUUAAACUUGUUAUCUCUUGUAAAUUAUUGAGUGUGUCCUUUUGAUAAUAUUCACAGGUGUUUCAAAGGUAAGGAAUAGGUUGUCUCUUGGAUUAAGUCAUAUGCCUCCAGCCAUUAUACGAGAACUGUGAAACCAAUAUGGUUUUCUUUAUGUCUUGGCUGCUUGAAAAUUAAAAAAAAAAGUUUUGUUCAAUAUUGCCGUUACAUUAAUUAGACUGUAAUUUCUAAAUUGGAGAUUCUCUACAUUUCACUUGCAGUUUCCUGUUCUCAUUGCCUGCCUUCCAUUCAUAUUACACUUAUUUUUCUAUUUUUUGUAUUACCUUUUUAAAAAUAUAUACCAGUUCAAGUCCUUUUAGGAAGAAGAAAA